CGCUUUAACUCUAAACUCUUAUCUGGUUAGAUUUCAAGGUUUGGUUUGUAAAUUGUAUUCUGAAAAUAUUACAGUUUCAACAUUGAGAAUUCCAUCUGUACUGAAAAUAUAUGUAACUAUCAAAUUGACAUAAGAAUUACUUCAAAGUUCAAUCCUAACCAAAAAGUUCUGCAUUAGUGUGCGGGUAUGGAAAAGGUAUAAUUUAAAAUUCAGACUACAUUUAUUUGAAUGUUGACGAUCGACUAUCAUAUUCUUCAUUGAUUGGAAAGAAACAAAAAACAAUAUUAGUCAGCAUUGUUGGGUGUGAAAAACCAUUCAAGAAACCAGUAGUGAGGGAAUCCCAGGGAAGAUUUUUCAGGAAUCCUGUCAACUGGAUUUACUAUUUACUAAAAAUGUCUGUAGAGCCAGCUAUUGAAAGUGGUAUGGAGGAUCUUAAAGUUAGUACAAAAACUGAUAUAAAUAUCCUUCUCAUUGGGGAAACUGGAGUGGGAAAAUCAACUUUAAUAAAUGCUUUAGCCAACUACAUAACAUAUAAAGAUUUCAAUAUUGCUAAAAAAGAAGAAUUGUUGGUGCUCAUUCCAUCAGAAUUUAUUGCAACAGAUAAAAAUGGCGAAUUUCAUGUUGUCAAGGUAGGUGAAAAGGCCAAUAAUGAAAGUUUAUCGUCAAAACAGUUUAUUAAGACUUAUGUUUUCCCAAUUUGGAAUGGAAAAUGCAAACUUCGGUUAAUAGAUACUCCUGGAAUGGGGAGUAUUAAUGGAAUUGAUCAAGACAACGUUAACACUGAAAGUAUUCUCAGGUAUAUUGGCCAACUGAAUGUUCUGCAUGCCAUUUUUUUCGUUUUGAAACCAAACCAAGCAAACAGUGCAAAGAUAUUCAGACAGAGUAUGGUUUGUAUUUUAUCCCAGUUGGACAAAUCUGCAGGUAAAAACAUCAUUUUUGUCUUCACCAACACCAGAGGGACUGAAUAUGGACCUGGAGACAUGAUCAACCUUUUGAAAAAUGAAAUAGAUGAAUUCAACAGCAGUCAACCGCAACCUGUUAUUCCUAUGAACAGAAAUAUUUUCUGUUUUGAUAAUGAACCUUUUAGAUUUUUGGCUGGUAUCAAAAAUAAUAUUCAAUUUGAUGAAGUAAUUGAAGAAAGAAACAGAGAAAAUUGGAAAAACUCUUCGGAACAAUGUUGGAAAUUGAUCAGUUAUAUUGUUGGAGAUUCAAAAAAUCAGCCUCACCACAUUAAAAGUUCCAGUGCUAUAAAUGAAGCUAGAAGGAUGAUUAACCAAUUGACACACCCAUUGGUAGACAUUUAUCAAUUGAUAUCUGACAAUAUAAAUUCAUUAGGAAGACAUGAAGCCUGUAUACGAUUAGAUAACCAAUCCCUGGAACAAUUGGCUAGUAAAAUGUAUAUCCCCAUCAUUUCUAUGAAUAUCACAGAGUUGAAACAUCCUGUUACCAUUUGUACUUCUCGGUCAUGUGCUGAACUAUAUUUGGUCUAUGGAAACAAUAAGUGGGUCUACAAGCCAUGUCAGCCUUCCAGUUUGACAACGGUUCCAAAAGAAAUGAUUGGUAUUCCAGUAUCAGCUCUAGAUCCAGCCACUGAAUCGUCUAAUUGUCCAAAAUGUGGCUGUGAUUUUGGAAUCCAUAUGCACGUCUAUUAUUUAAUAAAGGCCAAAGAGGAAGAAGAAACCGAUAAGAGAAAUUCAUCUAGUUCCGAGGAAGUAGUAGAAAACAUGAAACAAAUUCUAAAGAUCAUCAAUGAAAAGAAGGACGAACUAGAGAAAGAACUUCAAUUUAUAAUAACUACAUGCUCCAAAUUUUCAUUUUUUCUUCAGAACAAUAGCAUAUCUUCCUUUAAUGAUUCAUUGAAAGAAUACAUUGAAUACUUGAUCAACAGAGAAAAGGCUUUGGGUAAAAUAUGCGACCAACAGACAAUAAACUGUUUAGAGAAAUUCCUUAAGGAGUAUGAGGAUAUAAAAAGUACAUUAGAAAAUGUGCACAGACUGAAUAAAAAAAUAGACAUUUCUGAAUUGUCCAUCACUCCGAAAGACAUCAGUGAAUUCAUCCAAAAGCUGUACAAAUUGAAACAUAGUGGUAAAACUCUGAAACAAUUAUAUAAUUGUCAAAAAAAAGCAAGGAAUCAUGAAUAUAUGAAUUCAGAAUAUGUUAAAAAAAUUGAGUACAAAAGUGAUGAAAAACAAGGAUCUAGAACGAAGCAGAUAAAUAAAAAAUUAGAUGGGAAACACGAAAAAAAUAAAAAGGAAGAAGUGAAUGAUAAGAAGGUGACAAAAAACACAACUGAUAAAAAUGACAACAAAAAGGAGAGAGGUCCAAAAAGUCAAGAAGGUAAAGGAAAUUGUAAGGAAAAGGGAAAUGAGGAAGAGAAAAACAAUACAAAGGAGAUUAAAAACAUGAAGAAAGAAAAAGAUACAAAAGUUGUUAGCAAAAGUAAUAAGAAAGAAUAUAGUACUGACAAGGGGGAUCUUGUUGGAAAGGAACAAGGUAAUAAGGCAAAUAAAAAGAAAGAAAAGAACCAAGAUAUGAAAGGAAGGGAGAAAAAUAUUGAUGCAAAGAGUGCCGGAAAAGUAAGACCAAAUGACAAGAAAGAAAAAGAUAGGAAUGUUUCCGAAAAAAGAAAUGAACAAGUUCGUGUUAACAGAAGUAGACCACCAAAUGAAG